GAUAGAUCUUGGAUAUUGAUGAUGUCCUCUUCAACUGUAUCUAUGUAUGACGCUUGACUUGGUGUUUGAUAUCUGGUUUGGGUGUCUCUUAUGUUAAUAUCUAAUUUUUCAGUUUUUCUAUUCUGGUCGUCACAAAACUCCGGUGAUGAUCGCGGGGUUGUGGCUUCUGCGCUGUCCUGGUUUGGAUGUCGCGUUGUCCCUGCCAGUGAGCGUGCGAGUGUCGGUUUCCUAUCUCCGUAGACAGGAACUGUUGAUCGCAGGUUUCGAUCGUCCACCCCCUUAUCUGCGUCAGUUGAGAUUGACUUUGCGACGGCGGCUUGGCCCGACAGUGCUCACUGGCGUUUCGUGCAAGAUCAAGGGGGAUCCCUUGCUGGAGAUCCGUGGUCGAGGCUGGAAUGUUAGGGUCCAGUUGCCGCUUGCGGAAAUCCGCUCGCCGCCUAUCUACGCCCGUCAACCAUGGGCUGGGUCGUGGGGAUGUCGGCGUCGCCGAUGGGGGGACGUGCACUGUUGCUGGCUUAGCUUAUCUCUUAUCUCUUUGACUGUCGCUGCGGCUCUCUGGAGAGCGAGCUGCUGCUGGGGUUGGGUUCCUUUGUUGCUGUCCAAAGUCAAAGACCUUGGUCCCAUGGUAGUGAGCCCGCGAGAAAGCUAGACGGGUGCUGGUCGCCCCAGUGCUUGCUCGCCUGCCUCCUGCCUAA